AAUGUAGAAUAUUACGGACCUGAAUUUGGUAACAUAAAGGACAGUGGUACAUCUCAUCUAUCAGUUCUUGGACCUGAUGGACUUGCAGUCUCAAUUACAAGUACUAUUAACUUAUUAUUUGGUGCUUACUGGGGUAAAUCAACUGGUAUCAUAUACAAUAAUAACAUGAACGAUUUCUCCAUACCAAAUACAAUAAAUUAUUUCGGUCUCCCCGCUUCCCCAGCUAAUUUCAUUCAACCUAAGAAGCGCCCUCUAUCGUCGAUGAACCCAACUAUCAUUACGGACAGUGGCGGGGAUGUUGUCUCUAUCAUUGGAUCAUCUGGUGGUUCAAAGAUUACUACAGCAACGGCAUAUAAUAUUAUUAGAAAUCUAUGGUUUGGA